AUGUCUUCCUCUUCCGGUGAUGAAUCUGAGCAUGCUUCUGCCAAGGUUGAUAGCCCCAUCAAGUCACCCUUCUCUUCUAAUAAACUAGAGUUUCACCCAAACCGUGUUGUCACUAAAAUCAAAAAGAAAGUUUCCUUUGUGCUAGAGAUAGAGAAAGAUCAAUACACCAUAUGGAUUGAACUAUUUGAAGUUCACGCUUGUGCUCAAAAAGUGGUCCAUCACAUCAUUUGUAACCAAGAAAAGAAAAUUUUGCCUCCAUUGAUGUUGAUUUUGAAAUGUGGACAACCCUUGACUCCACAAUGCAUUAACAGAUUUAUUUCACCAUCUCUCUUGAUCUCCUUACCACUAUUUUGGAAAAGGGAUCCACCGCCUUGGCUUCUUGAAAGCGUUUAG